AUGGCUCCGUCCGUCCCUGAAAUCGCGGAAACUGCUCAACACCCGCCGAACAUCGAGGUCACGAACCUCCAGUUCACGUAUCCCGGAAUCGACGGUCAUCCGCCGCCCGGCGCCAAGCCGCUGAUCGACGGCUUCUCCCUCACGCUGCACCCAGGCGAUCGCUGCCUCCUCGUCGGCGCGAACGGAGCAGGCAAAACCACCAUUCUCAAGAUCCUGGGCGGCAAGCACAUGGUCGAUCCGUCAAUGGUUCGGGUGCUCGGCCGCUCUGCCUUCCACGAUACCGGGCUCGAGGCGUCUGGCGCUCUCACGUACCUGGGCGGCGAGUGGCGCAGGGAUGUAGCCUUUGCAGGCUUCGAUGUGCCGCUACAGAUGGACAUAUCGGCCAGGAAGAUGCUCUUCGGCGCUGCUGCAGACGCUGCCAGGAGGGACAAGCUGAUCAAGGUGUUGGAUAUCGACCUGGAGUGGCGGAUGCACAAGGUUUCGGAUGGUCAAAGGAGACGCGUUCAGAUCGCAAUGGGAUUGCUGAAGCCCUUCAAGGUCCUUCUGUUGGACGAGAUAACAGUGGAUUUGGAUGUGUUGGGUCGAGCUGACCUGAUGUCGUUCCUGAGGGAGGAGUGCGAACAGAGGGGAGCAACGAUUGUGUAUGCGACGCACAUUUUCGACGGGCUACAGGCUUGGCCAACCCACAUCGCAUACGUGGCAAAGGGCAGGCUGCAGUUCACCAAACAGCUGUCGGAGUUCCCAGAGCUGGCCUCAACCACACUUAUGGCGCGGCUUCGACAGGAGCAGCAGGAGGGGAGGGAGAGGAGGAAAGCAAGGAAAACCUUGGGGCCACCGGAGAGGGAGGAGCUGGGAGGAGGGGAGGGGUCAUGGGUCGUGGGCGACCCGACCAAGAAGGCAGCUUCAAGGGUGAUGAGGAGAGUGAAGAGAGCCAUUCUCACCUGUUCCCUUCUCUCUGCCUUCCCCUGCUCUCCACUACCCCCUUUGUUGCAGAGAAUGAUCGAGGCGUGGCUUCGACAGGAGCAGCAGGAGGAGAGGGAGAGGAGGAAAGCAAGGAAAGCCUUGGGAUUACCCGAAAGGGAGGAGCUGGGAGGAGGGGAGGGGACACGGGUGGUGGGCGACCCGGCCAAGAAGGUAGCUUCAAGAGUGAUGAAUAACGGAUGGGGGCAAGGCAGGAUGUUUCCCACAGUGAAGCUUUCAGAUGAAGAUGCUGCUAAGCUGUUUGACCUGACCUCCAAUAGGGUUCUAAGGAUGUAA